AUGAAGAUUCUUGUGUUAGUCACAGUUCGGAACUUAGACAAGAUACGAAUAGUGGCACCUGGUCAACACAUUGAUUGCAUGCCGUGGUUCGUUCGAGCUGUAUAUCGCCUCCAUUUAUCACCCAAACUUCGGGAUGCUGGAGGGACGAUGAAAGAGAAGGCUAAGGAAACUGGUGGAGGAAUAAAGGAUACUGUCACUGCAGGCGGCGAAACUCUGGGGCAAAAGGCCACGGCAGCUGGUCAGACGAUGAAAGAGAAGGCUGCGGCUGGUGCCGAUAAGAUGGGUGGUGAAGGGACCGCUGAUAAGAUGUCCAAGGACGCUCAUGAGGCUGCCGACAAUGCCCGUGAUGCUAUUCAUAGGGCCACCGAGAAGUCCUGA